AAUCGAUUAGCAUGACCUGCAGAUGGGGGCGGAUUGAUGAAGCCACGCCUCCAUUAACCUGAAAUUGAACUGAAAAACAUGAAAUAUCUACGAUUAUAGCGAGAAGCGCCAGUGUAGUGCAACUGUGAUUGCAAAGCAUCAUAAACGCACGCGCCUGAUCAUCUUCAUCUUCAUCAUCUUCAUCAUCAUGUCUGAGCGCAUCGGGUUCAUCACGCGCGUGCAGAGCUUCAGCGCCUGCCAUCGCUUACACAGCAAAUCAUUAAGUGAUGAGGAGAACAAAAGAAUAUUUGGAAAAUGCAACAAUCCUAAUGGUCAUGGUCAUAACUACACAGUUGAAGUGACCGUUCGGGGAAAGAUUGACAGAAACACAGGAAUGGUGAUGAAUCUUACUGAUCUGAAGGAGAAUAUUGAGGAGGCCAUCAUGAAACCUCUUGACCAUAAAAAUCUGGAUCUGGAUGUGCCGUAUUUUGCUGAUGUUGUCAGCACCACAGAAAACCUGGCCGUGUUUAUUUGGGAGAGUAUGGUGAAGCUUCUCCCUCCUGACAGCUUGUAUGAGAUCAAAAUAUAUGAAACAGACAAAAAUAUUGUGUUUUACAGAGGUGAAUAGAAUAGGACUCUCAGUACAGCAGCGCACAGUGAUUGAUUUCAAGAAAGUGUAUUAGGUGAGAGCGACACCUGCUGUGUUUCACUGCAUUAUGGGAUUUAUGUAAGUCACUGGGAAUUUGGCUCAGCUGUCCAGCCUGUGAGAUUGAUCCUAUUACACAGAGAUUACACACACACCCACACACACACACACAAUCUUUUUUUCAAAAUAGCAGCCUUCUCCUCUAUGCCCAUCGUCUAAAUGGACCCAUAUUCAUCCUCAAAGUAAGCCUGUUUGAACAGAACAAAAAAAAAUAUAUAUAUAUAUAAUAACAUUUUUAAUACUUAAAUACCUUUCAAUGCAUUUUACUUCUAUAUCCUUUCAUUUUUUCAAUGCAUUUCUAAAAAAAUAAAAAAAAGUUCAUUGCAUUUCCAAUAGAUGGCGUUACAAGUGUGUCAGAUUUCAUUCCAAUAAAGUUUGCCAUCAAAAACCUGAACAUCAAGAGUUACAUCUCUGUUAUUGAGGAAAAGAUGCUAUACAUUUGAAUAUUUUAUGGUUUUAGAUAUUUGACUGUGCUUCUGUUUUGAAGAUUAAACUCUACACCAGCAUCUA